AAUCUCAUAUAUACAUAUAGGGUUAUAUAAAUAUAUAUAUAUAUACACACACACGCACACACCCUCCUUUCUUUACAUGCCGAGAAAACAGACGGCGAUGCACACGGACGAGGCGCCUGCAGCUGCGCGCGGAGCAUCAGCAUGAUUUUAAGCGUGUUUUAAAGCUUUAAGGACAUCCGGCGCUUUCUGGAUCACAGGAUUGUCGGCAGCGCGAGUCACCGAGGCAGCACAGGGCCCUGAUGCCAAACGCAGAUUCUCGCCACUGGAUUUAGAGGAAGAGCUUGGGGCAGGACGGAACCAGGAUGAGUGGAGGACAGGAGCAGGCUGACAUCCUGUCUGCUUCUGCACUGGUUAGGGAGCGAUGGAAAGUGUUAAAGAAGAUUGGUGGUGGGGGCUUCGGGGAGAUCUACGAGGCAUUGGACCUGCAAACCAAAUACAACGUAGCGCUUAAGGUGGAGUCGGCCCAGCAGCCCAAACAGGUGCUCAAGAUGGAGGUGGCUGUGCUGAAGAAACUACAGGGUAAGGAUCAUGUAUGCCGCUUUGUGGGAUGUGGACGCAAUGACCGCUUCAACUAUGUUGUCAUGGAGUUACAGGGUUGUAAUUUGGCGGAUUUGAGGAGAAGUACAAAUCGUGGGACGUUCACUGUCAGCACCACGCUCAGACUUGGCCGGCAGAUACUGAAGGCUAUUGAGAGCAUCCACUCGGUUGGCUUCCUACACCGUGACAUCAAACCGUCCAAUUUUGCCAUGGGACGCUUCCCCUGCACUCGUCGGAUCUGCUACAUGCUGGACUUUGGUUUGGCACGCCAGUUCACAAAUUCAUCCCAGGAAGUCAGACCACCUCGUCGUGUGGCAGGGUUCAGAGGUACAGUACGAUAUGCUUCAGUCAACGCUCACAAGAACAAGGAAAUGGGAAGGCAUGAUGACUUGUGGUCUCUGUUCUACAUGGUGGUGGAGUUUUUGGUUGGUCAGCUGCCUUGGAGGAAGAUCAAGGACAAGGAGCAAGUAGGGAAGCUGAAGGAGGCGUAUGACCAUCGCCUCAUGCUGAAGCAUUUGCCCUCAGAGUUCAGCAUCUUCCUGGACCACAUUAGCAGCUUGGAGUACUAUACCAAACCUGACUAUCAGCUUUUGAUGACAGUUUUUGAGAACAGUAUGAAAACCUAUAACGUGGUGGAAAACGACCCAUACGAUUGGGAAAGGACGAGCACAGAUGGUGCUAUUAAUACUCCUACAGCUGCCAACGUGCCUCAGCAUCACACACGACUCACGCCAGCCUACAUGGGGAUGGCCAAUGCCUCUGUGGUGAUUGGAGACCUUCUGAAGGAGAACACUGAUGAAGUCCUUCAGGACGAGCAGCUCAGUGAUGGAGACAACAACGCUGGGCCAGAGCGCCAGCCGGACACUCCUGCCCUCCCCCUGAGAAACCCGGAAGCUGACGGUUGGGAGGAUCUGGACCGCAACAGCAACCUCAUCCGCUUCCCUGGCUGGAAGGGCCGCACAGAGGAGGAGCAUAGUAACAAGGGCAACCCGAGCCCUCAUGCUGGCCCCAGCCUUGGUUCUCCUGUGUGUUUACGCUCUGAGGUGGUGUCCUCAGACAGAGAUCCUCCUCUCCUGAGGAAACUGCGCAACAUCCACAGCUUCGAGCUGGACAAGCGACUCACCUUGGAGCCCAAACCCAACACGGAGCGCUUCGUGGAAGCAUGCGUGGUGAAGCAGACGCCCGAUUCAGCACAGGACCAGGAAGGUAAUGUUGGUGCAGUGCCAGCUGCUGCCGCUGUUCGAGUGUGGCACUAUGAUGAAGAGUUCCUCUUAGGAGAUGCGUCACCUAAAUUGGCCUCCCCAGGCUCUCUGGAGCUCGUUGAUGGAGCAGCCAGUAGUGGCUUUGUAGCACUAAAUCUGAGCACGGACCAUCAGGACGUGGACAUGCAUGACUGGGUGAUGGUGGAACGUGUCUCUGACCAGCAAGACAUUCAAGAGGCAGCCAGUAGCAGCCCAGGACCUGAGGCAAAGCUGACUAGCAGCCCUUCAGAGGAGCCAGAGGUGGUGCAACCAAUGGAUGAGUCUCCUGAUAAGGAAAGGGCCACCUCAAGCCCCUCCCAUGGGCACGAGCUGGCCACAGUCAGAGUGGAGCGGCUCGAACUGAGUAUGGUGCCAACAACAGGUCUGCUCCCAAUUACACCCACCAGUCCUGCUGAAGCGCUGGCGGAGGGAGCUCUCACACAGCUCCCAACCUCUCCUGCGUCUCUGCCAGAGGAGGUGGUGGCCCGGAAGCUCCUGCGUUCCCCCAGCCCUCAUACCUUCCUGAGCACAUUGUCAGAUCCCCUGCACCGACGCUCACCACCCACUCUCCGCCGUAGCCAAUCCGCAGAACACCAUAACCAGCACCGCUCUCCCUGCUCCUCUACCUCCCAGCCCCGCAUCACUCACAGGAAACUGCCAGCCAUUCCACCAGGCGCCUCCAACACCAAGAUCCCUUCAGUCAUACGCAUCACACGGGCUCAGUUGCAGCAGUUGACAGCUCAGCGUCCCUCUGCGCUCUUCUCCCAGUCAGCCUCUGACAGCAUGCCACAGUGCCCCCUGCUGGAGAAUCAUAUCACUGGUGAGAAAGAGGCGCUACCACAGGAUCUCACUGUGGAUGACAUCCAUUCACCUCAGGAGCAGCCUCAUUCCCUGCGCUCCAGUCCCUCCAGUGCUGAUGCGGAAAUUCCGAUAAAUAGGAAUGGAAAUCCACAAACGCCGAGCCCAGUGCCAAGCCCGGAAAACUUACCCCGUAAUGCCUGCAAUCCACUGCUGAUAAACAGCCAUGCUGACUCUGCAGCAGAUGCUCAGAAGGCGCUACUGUCUGAGCUGAAGGACACCAAGAGAGACUCUGAUGCCUCCACUGUGCCUGAUCAGCCUCCUCCAUUGAAGAACAAUGUAACAUCCUCUGUUGAAAGUAAUAAUCACACCCAGUACUCUGUGCCGUCUCGGGAUCCCAGUCGCCGGCUGAGCCGCAUCCCUGUCCUCGAGCCCUCCAGUUUGCCGCAGGAUGUUCCUUCAGGCUCAGCAAAAGAGAAACUGCUGCAGAAACGAAGCCAGCGCCUCCCCACCUCUCCCUGCGCCUCACCAUGUGCCUCACCCUCACUUUCCUCAGUCCAGCGCGACCGCCUGUCCUCCACUUCAGCCUCGGAGCGCUCACAGGAUGAGGAGUCCAUACAUGGACUGAGACAGGGUGAUGAUGCCCCUUCACUAUCCUCCUCGUCUAGCCCACACUCGCAUAAGAGCAAAAUCCCAAGACCUGUAAGCCGCUCUUCUGUACAGGGGGAUCUCGCAGCCCAGUUUGUGCCUCGUCCACCUCCCGGCAAACCGCCCAGCCGUACGUCUGCAGAUGGCAGGCUGCGGCGUUAUCGGAUACGAGCGGGCAGCGCGGGUGACACGGAACUGAUGACGUGCCUGGCUCAGCUGAUGCGAGGUGGAACCAGCCGCUCCUCAUCACUGCAUUCCCGCAGUUCACCGCAGCAUGUGGGCACCAGGCUUGUGUGUUUCAACCAGUCGGGUAUCUCGCAUCACUACCACCAUCACCAGCGCAGCUCCAGUGCUUCCCCCCGCAGCUGCUCCUCACUGCAGCGCUCCAUCAGCUCCUCACCCUCCCGUCAUGAGCAUCGUGUUGGAUGCCUGCGCAGCCACUCACCCCCCAGCUUCUCGGGGUCUCCGCCUUUCCGCCGCGCUCCUCAUACACAGGAGGGCAGUUGUGGCCACAAGGUCCGCACCAAAGCUUGUAGUCGGGAGCCCAAGUGGUCUAACAAGCUGAGCAGAUAGUUAUCCCACUAAACGCAUGUACAUCACACGCAGACCAGCAGGGGAGGAAAAGACUUGCAAGAUUCUUGUUUUUAUGCUUGACUUGUACCAAUAUAGUAUCCAGUCUUACAACUGCAGCUACACAGUAUUCUGCUUCUUAAUUUUGCACCCACUUCCUGCUACACAUUUGAGUUGGACAAUAAGAGACUAUCACGUCAAUCAGCUCUCUGACCUGCAUUCUCUCUUUAUUCUCAAGUUGUUGUUUUUUUUUUUUUUUUUUUAAAGAAUGGUGAGUGUAAUGCCUUUAGGAUUUUUUAAAAAAAUGCAACAUAAAUAUUUCCAGGUGAGUUGUAGGAUUAGUAUUUUGGUUAGUUUUAACGCCAAGAAAAAUCAUGCAGCUAGAGCACUGAUAUAGUUCGUCUAACACUAGAUGCAUGGGUUUGUGUAUUUGCAUCAAGCUCUGUAAACCUGUAAUAUAGUAUUUAUUGAAAUAUGUACUUGGGCUCGAAUGCAUAUUGCACCCUUCUAAUCCGUGCAGUGGCAGGUACACUGACAGAUCGCUGACGUAUCUUUUCUGUCUGUGCUGUUUUUAGCCCUCAUUCAAGCUAAGGCAGGUUGUAUUUUUUGAGGCUGCAGAAACAUUUGAGUGUUAAUGUGAGGACUAGUGUUUCCUUUUCCCAAGAAAUGCUAAAGCAAUCACUGAGAUUCUUACAAGCACUUUGCUGUGUGCCUAAGGAAAUGGUACUUCAAAUUACAGAAGAGCAAGGUACAAGCUUUCAUAACGAGCUGGGUAUUUAUUUUUUUUGAGCUAUGGAGCUCAUGCUGCUCUUUUAAAGGUGCAGGCUUGCACACAUAUACAGCAGAUACACACAGACUUGCGCAUGGGGCACUCGUAUUGGUUUUAAAACUCUUUGGUUGAUCAUCUGAUCUUUGCUGAUUGAUUACUGUGUCCAAAGGGUUAUCUGCUCCACAGACUGAAUAAGCUUCAAAGAACGUUGAAGGGGAAUGUUUUAUAUCUCGUAUUGUACAGAACUAAAAACAACAUCAUUUAUUCAUGUUGAGGGCAGUGUGGAAAAGAAGAGGUAUACACAUAGUUCUGUGGUGUGAUGAACUAAUUCUAGUCAGAUUGUUAGAAUGAUCCCAGUUGAAAACCAAAACAAUUACUGUCAACUAGAGUUUUUGUUUUUUGAAGUAGGCAAUAAUAAAUUCUGAAGGAUAUCAGAUUUCUGUAAGUGUGGCAGUCUGGGUUAACCUGUUGUCUGUCACAUUGGCUGAAUUCUGAAAAAAAAAAAAAAAAAAGUUGAUGAAUCCCACAGGGUUGGGGGUUUGAGUCCUGCCUCCGCCCUCUGCAUGCAGAGUUUUAACGUUCUCCCUGUGCUUCGGGGGUGUCCUCCCUAGUCCAAAGACAUGCGGUGUAAGCUGAUUGGCUUUUCCAAAUUGUGUGUAGUGUGUGAAUUUGUGCGAGAUUGUGCCCUGCAGUGGGUUGGCACCCAGUCCAGGGUGUCCCCUGCCUUGUGCCCCGAGUUCCCUGGGAUAGGCUCUAGGCCCCCCUGUGACCAUGUGUAGGAUAAACAAUAUGGAAAAUGGAAUAGAUAAAUAUCACACCUCAAUUUUAAGAAACCAUAAAUACAUUUCACCAAAAAAAUAUUACUUUAUAAUCUUACCUAGAAUAGUCUUCCUGCAGUGUUGGCUAAGGAGUCAGUCUACCUAAAAACAUGUAAAACCUUGCUACUUAAGUGUGAUUUACUCACACAUUGAAUUUCACAAUUUGAUCAAAUUCUUUGAUUGCUACGUGCUUUGCCAAACUCACAAAUAAAUCCUAGACAUAUGACAUACUGUUCAUGCAAAAGGGAAACAGUUCAGGAAAACGGUGCAAUAGAAAAUGCUUAAAUUUCACCAUGUGAAGGGUUUUCCAAGGCCACCAUGCAUAUCCAGUCCCCAUCGAAAGUAUUGGAACAGCAAAGUCAGUUCUGUUAUUUUCGCUAGACAUUGAAGAUAUUUUUGUUUGAGACCAAAAGAUGAAUAUAAAAUGAUGGAUCAGAAGUCAGCUGUCAUUUCUGCAUAUUUACAUCUAGAUGUGCUAUACAACUUAGAACAUGGCACCUUUUGUUUGAAACCCCCCAUCAAAUUUAUUGGAACAUGGAAUGGUGGACUGUAUGCAUUGAAUAUGUUCAGAUUUUUUUGCUGUGGUCUUGUGCCAUUGGAGUCAUUAAGAACAACACAUUUCUUUAGAAUGUAGAAACUGGCCUCCUUGGGCUUCCUCCACGUUGUCCUUCUUUGCUGUACUGUAACUUUACAAACACUAUAAACAGCAUUCAUAUCAAUGUAGUUCAUAUAUUCCCGCAUAUGACUGAAACAUACAGUCAUGUUCUGAGUAGGGUUGUUAAUAUAUAUUUUUUAUUAAUAUACAUGUUCAUGUUCUUUUAUUGUAAGUUUCAGCCUCAGCCUCUCUCCUUCACAGCACUUCAACCAAGCUUAUUUUGACUUUGCAGUUUUGAGGAAGUGUCUAGUAUGCAUAUUUGUACAAAUGUUGGUUGGUCACAUAGAUAUCUGACAUUACCAUUUAGGAUUGUGUAUACGAGAACAUCGUUUUCUGCUUUGAAUCAAGAGGUUUUUGUGUUCAGUAUAUUAGAGGCAGUUUUAUUUUCCAGAGCUUCUGCAUGUAUUGCAUUUUAUUACUAUUGUUAAACAUUUGACUUACUGUUUUGUUUUUUUGUUUUUUCAUCAAGCCAUGGGAUAGCCGAGAUGUUCAUUACACAACUGUUAGAUCACAGUUUCUAGCUGCAGAGAGUUCCUUGGUAAUACAGUUCUGAUUAAGGGUAUGGUCAUGUGUAGAUAUAUUAGGUGAUUUAAUGCUAGAUUAAGAUUCAAAAUACAUGAAGGAAAACUGUAAGCCAAACAUGAUCAUUUUAAAAGGUACUUUAAAUGGAAGGAAUCAUGUGUUGCCCCACAUAAUGAAGUAGUACACAUUAUUAUAAAACCCCUACAUACAUAUUUGCUGUAAUAGAAAAUGCUGUAUCCCUUUACAUUUCUUUGUGUGAAACGGCUCUUUGUUCUUUUCCUGCUAUCAAUAUCAAUGUCUUAAUCUAUAUGAAAUUUUAGUCCUGUAAAUAAGAAGCCAGGUUACACAUGGUAGCGUCUGCUCCCACUCUAUGUUUAAUCUGAAUUUCUGAUGUCCCCCAUGUCUUCUUCCCCCUGCUGGACAUGGACAGAACUGAAGGUUCCAGGGUGCCACAUGCUUCAUUACUGACAAUUAAAUACCAUUUUCAGUAGUUGUAUUAUCUGCUGAUUAUAGUUUAGCAUAUCUGAAUACAUCUUUUCCUAUUAUGUUACAGAUUUCCUGUUUGUGUUAUAAUCUGCAUAGUCACAAUGUUUGUACAGCCUAAAAAAAAAAAGGAAUGUCAAAGGGAGAGACCACAUUGUACAUUAUUGCAAUAUUUGUGUUAUUUUUAUUUUAUUUGUAUCAUAUCAAUGCCUUGUACAGUGUUGUUUUUUCAUUUAAAAUUGUUUUGUAUUUUAUUUUUAUAAACUGGUUAUGAAUAAAAUAUUUAUUCAGCAUGCCGGCAGAACCUCUACACCUCGUGUCAUGUGCAGUUUCUCAGCUCUUGGUAGCUUGUGUGUGUGAUGUGCUGGUGAACCAAAAGGAAGCCACAAAAAAAACAUGGUAGAUAAAAUAAAAUUUCCCAGAAUAUUAAUGG